AUGGCCAUGUCUAUGGCUGACCAGCACCCUAUUCCUCGGCCCUUGGACAACAGUCGCGACCACUAUACGACUUGGACUGGUGUUGACGACAAGGUCGAUCUCGCUGACUCACAGAUCUCUGGUAGUGGUUGGUAUGGCACCGUCGAGACGACGGCUUUCAUUGCCGCCAACCUCACACUCCCGCAAUGCACCAGAAUCUUUUCGUCCUAUGCCGACGACGACGAAGCUCCGGCCUUUGCACACAUGAGCCUGAGCCCGUGGACGCAGUCGUAUCUAAGCUUGCUGUAUGGAGAGGGCGGCCUUGCUUUGCACCAUUCCGAAUAUAACGAGAGCAUGAAGCGACAACGUGAUGCCUGGCUUCUACGCAGGGAGGGGGAGAGAGAAUACCACAGAAUGCAGUUUGGCCGACAUCAAAGACAGGCUAAUGUCCAUGAGGAAGACAUGGUACAACGUCGCAAUGAUGCUUUUUGGGCUCAGCCCGGUAUCGCUCAACAGGUACUGCAUCCAGCAUUGCGUGCACCUCCAGCACUACCCAUCCAAUCGGCCCGACCGUUACCAUUGCAAGGUUCUCAUCCCCUACAGCAAGGCUCUCAUCCCCUACGGCAAGAAUAUCGACCACCGCAAGUACCCGUGCUCAGAGCCAGCCAGACCCACACAGGUCAUCCAAAUGCUGCUCACUCUCAGGCACAGUCCCUUGGAGCAAGUUUGUCGCACGCCGGCCACGAAACGCAGACAUACCAACCCGCCUCCAGUGCCAGUGCCAAUGCCAGUGCCAGUGCGACAGUAGAUGUGCGUGCACCCAGACCAGGACCAGUGCCUGGAAUCUUGCGUCCACUCGCCGUUGCGACAAUGUAUCAGCACCGAACAACACAAGCACGAACAGAAACAAGCCUUCCUCCCGGCCGUACAUCAGAUCAAAAUAAUGGCUUCGGGACUAUCCACCCGGCGCGGCUGCCAUCCACCUCAGCAUAUAGCAGCGGCCCGACCUCUCAGUCGUCUCGCUACGUCUCUCUCACCGACCUUUUCAAGAGACGUCGGCUGACCGAAAGCUCGUCCGUGGAAACAGCUAUUGCCGACUGGUUGUCCCCAUUUCCCAUGACCAUGCCACUGCCGAGCGCAGCAGGGACGGCUCCGAGUCUCAACCCUACUCGUGAUGUUGACGUUCACCAGUCCGACGCUCUCUUUUCUUCGCGACAUACAACAACUAGACCAAGAGACAGCACGGCGGCAGGUGAAGUGAGUUGGCGUCGGAUCCGGCCUGGUCAGAGAUCUGAGUUGGAAUCGGGAGAGAGCACAUCGACGACCAGUGGCCAGUACGACGACGACGAAACCGAAGACGAAUACCAAGACGAAGAAGCCACACACAUGUGGACAAACGCGACGGACUAUUAUUCAAAGAAUCUCACUGGCAGAGAACCGACUACUAGUACGAGAAACCACAUAGGCAGAGACCAGCUGACCCCAACUCUUGUCGGCGACGAGACAGAAACUGACCCAGAUAUGGACUCGGAUAUGGACAUGGAUAUGGACUCGGACAAGGAUGUGACACCAGGCCCUGACAUUCCACGACCACAAAAGCGGCCGCGACCAUCGUCAGAGUCAGACGCAGACACAGACGCACAAGCAGCAGCGGUAGGACAAUCAGUGUCGCAAACUCUGUCCGACAUGAUUGGCAGCGAGACAUCUAGUAGCGAGACUUCAGACGGCGCCGACCCUGACUUCAAGUUGCCUAGCCGCCGGCCUCGACGACGACCCGGUGGCAUGUUGAGCCGUCCAAAACAGCCACGAGGACGUCGUCACAGCCAGCGAAUCGGAAAAUAG